UUAGCAUCGUUUUAAAAUUUUGUUUAAUUUGAAGCAUCUUUUUUGUCGGCGAAUUUUAAUAAUUGUAAACGUUAGAUGUGAUCGUCUGGUUAAAAUAUUUUAUCGUAUUCAAGUUGUUUUAAUCAUUUUUUUUAAUUUUGAAGGGAAUUUGCUAGAUAAAAGUUUUCUUUUCGCGCGAAUUGUUGUGAUUGGCGUUGCACUUAUAAUUAACUUGUAAAGCAGUGUAAUCUGAUGAGACUGUGGUUAGCGGGUGGGGGAUGGCAAUGUUGGCAGUAAUCCGUAUGUGGGCGUGAAAAAGCCCCGCGAUCGUGGACGAAGGUGUGUCAGUUUACAUUUCGGCGGCUGUUGCUGAAACCUGUCAAAUGACGCUGUCUACAUGCUUAUUAUCGGCUCAUCGUUUCGCGCUUUCUUUUACGUAUUUAACGGGUUUCCUUCCGGUGUUUAUCACGUUAUCAGCUAACGGUUGCUGUCGUUUUUCGGUUGGAAAUAAAAUUAAUUAUAAAGAAUUAUUUCACGCGCAAAAUAUUAUUUUAAAAAAACAGGGAAUUCGGAAAAAAUCGUUUCAAGUGACCGGACUUCCGGUGGUGAGAUAUUGUUUUUUUAUUCAGAUUUGAAAAGCCCCUUUUUUACUUCCCGUGGCUUUUGACAUGCUGCAAAAAUCUUUGUUAUCCUUGAUUUUUUUCGAUGCGUUAUCGAUUGCCAAAAACGCUUUUAUUUGCAGAAAGAAUAUCAAAGAUUUUGUUUAACAUUUUAUUUAGCAUUUUAUUUCUCGUUUUAUUUAAGUUGUAUAUUUUAACAAGUUAUUUUAUUGUUUUUACUGGCAGAAAAUAUAGCAAACAUUUUAUUUUCCGGAAUUUUUCCUAAACUUUUUGCUCUUGAUUAUUCGUCCCUUUUCUUUUCUGUGGAUUUCUUUGCGGGUAUUGCAGUAUUACACUGUUUACUGGUGUUAUGUUGAUUACGCGGAUAUUUUCCUGGACGGCUUUAUCAGGGCACAGGAAAUUACACAAACUGGUAAACAGUUUAACAGCCUUUUAACCCGGAUUGAUUGCUUAAUUUCUGCGCCGUCCCCGUUCCCUCACCUGAUCGCGCAGCAGCCAUACACCCGCGAUAACCUUAUCAGUCUCCAAUUCAAAUUCACCAAAUCACUAUUUACCACCGGCAUGUACCGUGUGGCACACGUAGUCUAUUCCCCUGUCUGCAAACUUUGAUGUCAUAGUCAUAUUUUCUCCACUUUUCAUAUUAAAUUUCGAAUCCACUCUGCUGCUUAGUUACCCCUUGUUUGAACACGGAAAUGUGGUACUUGUAUUUUCUCACAUUAUAUUGAUUGCUUGAAUCCUGAGUGUCUUACUUCCCGCCCCCCAUUGACGUGGGAUAUGAUCCCGCGGGCUGUUGAUUACGCGCGGGAUCCCCGGUGUUAAUUAACGCGCCAUGGAGGAGAUCAGUAAACGCAUCAGUCAGCGUUUAUCGUUGCAGUUGAAAACCCUGCCCCUACUGGUUGGCUUACAAUCCCCGCCCUCCCCCCUGGCGGUGAUUACCUACCCCCCGAAGAUGGACACCACCGUGGAGGGGGUGCCCGCUGAGAAGGAGGCCCCGCUCGACCUCCCGGAGCCCCGGAAGUCCCCGCUGCUCUCGGCUUCCCCGCAGAACGCUCGGAGGGCCUCCAGUCCCGCGCUCCCGGAUAUCGCCCUCUCGGCGCCCGACCAGUACCACCUCCCGCCCGUUAGCGUCCCGGCCAGCCCCACGGCGCCGCCUCGCGUCCGCCACCGCGACACGGACCGCGCCAAAUCCCCCAGCCCCUCCCCGGGCAACGACAAGGACUCCCCGGGGAAGAUCGGAGAUUUUGUGGCCUCCUACUCCACCGCCAGCCCCUCGGCGGUCAGUAUCGCGUUCGAGAAGAAGGAGGAGGGCGCCUCGCAGUCCGGGAGCUUCGACAACAGUCAGGAGGUGCCCAGCGGCGCAAAUAGCCGCGAGGGCAGUGUGGAGCGCCCCCUGACCCCCCUGAUCAGUCCGCAGGGCGCCAGUGCCGAGGAGGUCAGUCUGGGCAGUGCGUCGUCCACCAAGAGUUCGGAGGAGGGGAAGGAGAAGUCGUCGGGUGGGAGUAAUGGGACGGCGGGCGGUGGGGAGAAGAAGCAACAGCAGACGCCCAGUAGUUUGGUGGUGCGGCAUAACUCCGAUGCCAGUUCCAUCGCUAGUUCGGCCGGGAAGAGCGGGAAGAGCUCCGAUAAGAAGCGCCAGCAACGCUGGUACCAGUCGCUGUAUCCUACGUACAAACAACGCAGCGAAGAGUUCCGUCGGCUGUUCCCCAGCAUUCCGGAAGGCGAACGCCUACUGAUCGAUUAUUCCUGUGCACUGCAGCGUGAUAUUCUGGUGCAGGGCCGCCUGUAUGCAUCGCAGAACCAUAUUUGCUUUUAUGCCAAGAUUAUCGCUUGGGAAACGAACAUUUGUACGUCGUGGAAGAAUGUGCGUGCGCUAAACAAGGAGCGCACCGCCAAGAUCAUUCCGAACGCUAUCAGCUACGCAACGGAUCAGGAGCAGUAUUAUUUUACGUCUUUCGGACAGCGCGAUAAAACCUUCACCAAUCUGUACCGGAUCUGGCAGGGCGCCGUGAAAAAUCAGCCGAUGAGCCCGCCGGAAAUGUGGUCGUUCAUCCACUACCAGUACGGCGACGACCUGGGCCUGACCAGCGACGACGAGGACUACGUGCAGCCGGCCUACCUCCGCUCCCUGCCCGAGCUGAUCUCGGCAGUCAACGGCGCCGCGGAGGCGGAAGCGCAGGCCGCCCAGCACCAGCAGGAAGGCGGGGGCGGGGAGUUCCCGCUGCCCAACGGGGCCGUCGACAAGAAGCUGGAGACGGAGAUGAUGGACGCCGGGCCGGUGUUCAGUGUGGGCCCGUGUGGCCCGCCGGAGCUGGUGCGCAACCGCAGCGGCAGUGUGGGGUCCGGAUCCAGCCGCAGUUCGAGUAGUGGGGCGUCGGCGGAGGGCGAGGAGGCCCAGCAGCAGCCGGUGUUCAUUCCCCCGGUGCCCAGUGGGGCGCAGGGAUUUAUCGAUCAUGAAUUCCACGUCCCGUUUGAUAAACUGUUCCUGGUGCUGUUUUCCGAAUCCACCCUGCUGAAGGAAAUGUUCCUGCGACGAAAGAUUUUUGAUACGAAAUUCGGCCAGUGGGUGCUGGAUCCCAGCAAUGACUGCCAGGUGCGAGAUGUGAAGUACUGCAUCUCCGUCGGACCGAAGACCAUUCGGACGGAAGAACGACAGACGCUCCUCAAGGAAUCAGUUCCGGGCCGGCUGCAUCUGGUGGACUCGGUCGCCCAGAAUCACGGCGCUCCGUACAGCGAUAGCUUUUCCGUCGUGACGCACUACAUGGUGCAUAAGCUGGACAGCAAGAACAGCCGUUUGCGUGUCGUAACCGAAAUCGUCUUUCGCAAGGCCAACUGGGCGGUCAAGGCGCUGCUGGAGAAGGGCGUGAUGGACCAGCUGCGCGACUAUUUCUCUGAUCUCAAAAGUCGUCUGGUGACGUACGAAGCUGAGCUGGCCACCGCCGGCCACGAGGAGAUCCCCGGCUCGACUUCGGACGCCACGUUGCGGGUGGGUCGCUCCCGCACCGGUUCGCAUCACGGGGAAGGCGAGGAGACGACGGCGGGCGGGGCAGCCAGCGCGGUGCCGGGCAGUCCCCAUUCGCUGCUGCGACACCGCAGUCGCACGAGUGUCCACCAUGUUGCGGCCGAUGGCCUGCCGGAGGGAACGGCCGGGACGUUCUUUGUCACGCAGUUGGAGUACGGCAAAGUCAAGAAGCUCGUCUACCUCAUUAUUGUCUUGUUGUUAAUCAACGCCCUGCUGUACUGGCGCGUGUGGGAAGGCCAGGACAGCGCCCCGUCCGCGCCCCUGCCGCCGCCAGCCCCCGCGGCCUGCCCACCCGGUCCGAUGCCGGGAUUUGAGCGGAUGACGCCGCGGGAGGGCGUGGGCGAGCAGGAGUGGAUGGAAUUACUGCGCGCCAGCAUGACGGAUACGGGGAACGCGCAUUUGCUCAAGGAUGUCAAUGAGGGACUGGGCAGUGUUCUCAGUGGCUUACGCAAGAUUAGCACGGCGCUGGAGACGCUGCAGAGCAGCCUGAUCAAAACCGGCACCGCAUCUCAAAUCGACAACGUGAUACCUCCUUCCGGUGAAUAAUACAUUACCCCAUUUUCCCCUGUUAUUCCUUUCUUUUUCGUGGGCUGUCUACGGUGCGCUUCGCUGGACCUCGCUAAGCUUCGUGUGAUAUAUGGAUUCAUGGAUAAUUGCGCCGACACAAACACAGUUGUGGAUCUGAUUAUUAUUGGAUUACGGAAUUCCCGGUGUGGCUAAAAUGCCGAUUUUGCUGUUUAUUUUUUGCAUGUUUCUUCCGGUUUUCUAACCUGCAGCGCUGGUUGCGCAGCGUGGAUUUUUUUUUCGUUCGGCUUGUGUGAUGCAGCAAUCGUGGGGGAAGCGGAUGCGCAGGAUUCUCGCUGAUUUGUACAGGAAUGCUGUGAUGGAGGCGGGGAUUACGGGAGCGUUUGUUUCAAUAUUGUGUUGCGUGUUUUACAAUAUUCGCGAUUAAUUUAAUAUCGCCGCGCUUUGUUCCUGGUUAUGUUAAUGUAAAUGUGCGCGAUUCAGAGAGUAUUAAAUCGUUGCGGUUUCGUA